AUGGCCCCUUCCUUCCUACGUAAGAGAGGUAGACCUGAAUCGCAGUCAAUACCUAACCACGAUCAGGUCAUUAGACAGGCUUUAUCAUUACCAGAUUUGACUACACCUUUAUUAGAUAUCUCAUCAUGGGAAGAAGUACCUCCAUUCACUUUUACUUUGAAGAAGAAUCACAAUCAGACCUCUGAAUCCGAUUCUGCACCAAGUGGAAACAAGGACAAAGAAAUGUCAUACAGAGGAAGAGGUAAGAAACCUUCUUUAGUUGGUGGUAACCCUAAAGAUAUUCAGUUUCGUCGACCCUUUACACCAAUGAUGAUCACUCCAACAUCCAAUUCAACUUAUAAUACUUCACCAAGAGAUUUCAGACAGAGUAUCUUUUCUUGGGGGAACGAAGAGCAGAAACACAAUCCACCAAGUUCAUGGAGUAGUCCCACUCAACCUGGAUCAGGGUUAGGAUCAGGAUCAUCUGGUUCAAACUCGAGACCAGGAUCAGGAGGAGAUGUCAGAGAUAGUUUACACAGAGUCAUAAGUAGAAGAAAAGGUAGAAAGAAAGGUACAGUUGGACAAUUGAAUAUCGUCAUUGUUGGUGGGAAGAAUGUAGGUAAAACAAGUUUCAUCAAUCUUUUCCUUUCGUCACUCUCAGAAUCGUCAUCUGAACAACCGUCUUCUCUACCUUCGACAAAUCAACCAACGUUGAAGCCCAAAGCGUAUACUACAAUAUCAACAGUAUCCGAACGUGAGAAAAUUCAAGUGAGGUUCAUAGAUACACCAGGUUUAGAUUUGACGAUGGAGGAUGACGUAUCGCAUCAAUGUCGUGAGAGGGGAGUCGGUGGUUUGAUCAGGAUGUUGGAAGAUAGAUUCCAAGUUAUGUGUGAGGAAGAAAAGAAGGUUAGGAGAAUGACAGGUGGUGAAGACGGGUUGAUACAUCUAGUGGUAUACCUACUUGAUGCCAGAGUCAUUCUCCAUCCUCAAACACCAAGACAAAACGAUAAGAUCGAUUGGUCGCAUACCGACUUAUUCGAAGAUGGUUAUUCUUCGACCCAGAAUCCCACCCGUGGUAAACCAUCUUUGACGCACAGUCAUACGAUUGUCAGACCGAAGGUGUCAAUUAUUGAAUUAGAUAUCAUACGUAGAUUGGCGAAAAGAGCAAACGUACUUCCAAUCUUGACGCAUUCAGAUUCGUUGACUACUUCUCAAUUAGAUAUAGUCAAAGAAGCUGUUCGAAGGGAUUUGAGUUUAAAAGAAGCUGAUAUACCAGGAAACGGAUUUGGUAUUUUCACAGGAACAGACGAUGUCUCAAGAUCUAGCAUCGAUUCUGAUCAAAGACCUUUAACACCUGAAUCACUUCCAUCGACUUCAAUCUCAGAAAUGCCAUUUGCAAUCUUUUCACCUGAUUUCACUUCCACAGCCGAAUCCAGCGAUCGUGACAACGAGGAUACCAAACAGAAAGGAAAUACAAUAAGAGCAUAUAAAUGGGGUGAAGCUAAUAUAUACGAUUCAAAUCAUUCUGAUUUCAUGAAUCUUCAAGAAGCUGUACUAGGUGAUAAUUCAAGGCUAUUGAGAAGUACCACAAGAGAAGUGCUGUAUGAGAGAUACAGGACUGAAAAGUUGUUGGCUAAAACUGGAAUUAAACUAAGGAUAGAAGAAAGGGAAAGGCUCAUGAAAGAGAUUGAGAAAGUAUGA